UAAUUUCCUCUGUUCUUCCCCUUUUACCAUAGAUCCAAAUGCAUCUCUCUCAACACUUUCUAUCAUGUCUUAUUCUUUUGAUUAACCUCUUUUGAUCCUGGUCUUGCAUGCGGUUACAAUAGGUACAACAGGAUAUCUCAGACACAAUGGAUAUAAGCAACGAGGCAAGCGUGGAUCCGUUCUCAAUAGGACCCACGGGUAUCAUCGGAAGAACAAUAGCCUUUCGUGUCCUGCUCUGCAAAUCAACGACUACGCUCAGACACAAACUGUUCAGAUUCCUCGUGUGUUUCUACGGAGGAGCUAGAGCUUUUCUAUCACCGUGUGUGUCCUGGCUACACCCGAGGAACCCACAAGGGAUAUUGGCUAUGGUGACGACGAUGGCCUUUAUGUUGAACCGCUACACAAGAUUAAAAGCAAAGGCUGAGAUGGCUUACAGGAGGAAGUUCUGGAGGAACAUGAUGACAGCUGCAUUGACUCAUGAGGAAUGGUCUCACGCCGCCAAGAUGCUUGAUAAAGAGACUCCGAAGAUGAACGAGACCGAUCUUUUCGAUGUGGAGCUCGUGAGGAACAAGCUCGAGGAGCUUAGGCAUAGACGUCACGAGAAUUCUCUGAGAGACAUUAUCUUCUGCAUGAGAGCUGACCUUGUGAGAAACCUCGGUAACAUGUGUAACCCUGAGCUUCACAAAGGAAGGCUUCAAGUUCCGAAACUCAUCAAAGAGUAUAUCGACGAGGUCUCUACGCAGCUUAGGAUGGUUUGUGAUACGGACACUGAAGAGCUUUCUCUCGAGGAGAAACUAUCUUUCAUGCACGAGACGAGGCACGCGUUUGGAAGAACGGCUCUGCUUCUAAGCGGAGGAGCUUCUCUCGGUGCGUUCCAUCUCGGUGUGGUUAAGACCCUUGUGGAACACAAGCUGUUGCCGAGGAUUAUAGCCGGUUCAAGCGUGGGUUCUGUGAUGUGUGCGGUCGUGGGGACAAGGUCGUGGCCUGAGUUACAAAGCUUCUUUGAAGGCUCGUGGCACGCGUUGCAGUUCUUUGACCAGAUGGGAGGGAUCUUCACUAUUGCGAAACGUGUUAUGACUCAAGGUGCGGUUCAUGAGAUCAGACAUUUGCAAUGGAAGCUGAGGAACCUCACCAACAAUCUCACGUUCCAAGAGGCUUACGACAUGACAGGACGGAUUCUUGGGAUAACGGUUUGUUCCCCGAGGAAGCACGAGCCGCCUAGAUGCCUUAACUAUCUGACUUCUCCUCAUGUCGUGAUAUGGAGUGCAGUGACUGCAUCUUGUGCAUUUCCAGGUCUUUUUGAGGCUCAGGAACUCAUGGCUAAAGACAGAACUGGUGAGAUUGUUCCUUAUCACCCAAUAUUUAAUCCUGAAGAGACCUCAGGAGCGUCGGUUAGGCGAUGGAGAGACGGUAGUUUGGAGAUGGACUUACCGAUGAUACAACUCAAAGAGCUUUUUAAUGUUAAUCAUUUCAUUGUGAGUCAAGCUAACCCUCACAUCGCACCUUUCUUGAGGAUGAAGGAGUUUGUGAGAGCUUGCGGAGGCAGAUUUGCAGCAAAGCUUGCUCAACUUAUGGAGAUGGAAGUGAAGCAUAGAUGUAAUCAAGUACUAGAGCUCGGGUUGCCUCUGAGAGAAGUCGCUAAGCUGUUUGCUCAAGAGUGGGAAGGAGAUGUCACAAUCGUCAUGCCCGCCACUAUUGCUCAGUACUUGAAGAUCAUACAGAACCCAUCCAACGUAGAGAUUCAAAAGGCAGCAAACCAAGGAAGGAGAUGCACCUGGGAGAAGCUCGCCGUCAUCAAAGCAAACUUCGGCAUCGAACUCGCCCUCGACGAGUGCGUCGCCGUCCUCAACCACAUGCGCCGCAUCAAACGCACCGCACGAAGAGCAGCAGCCGCCGCAUCCACCUCCGUCUCCGUCUCAUCCUCCUCCCAACAUCCUCUACCCGUAGGACCCACCAGAUUCAGCGCCUCCAGAAGAAUCCCUUCCUGGAACUGCAUCGCGCGCGAGAACUCAGCCGGAUCCGUCGACGACGACGUCCUCGCCGAAGCGGCGUUGCUCUACCAGCAACUCGUUGUCCACCGAGGCGGUAACUGCAACAGCUCGCACGACGGAGAUUCGCCGGAGGCUGGAGACUGGACUAGAUCUGGCGGACCGUUGGAGAGGACGACGUCUGCUCAGAUGUUCAUGGAUUACGUUCAGAAUCUCGACGGUGCUGAUCCGGGCGUCGAUUUGAACGGGGACGCUUCUUCGAGGAGCAUCACGGUGGCGGAAGGGGAUUAUCUGCAGACGGGGAGGACGCAUAAUGGAUUCGUGUUGAAUCUCGUUAGAGGAGAGAGUUUGAGGAGGAAUAAUCAAGAUGUGGAGGAUAGGCAAAACGUUGAUGAAGCUCCCGAGUGCGUUCAGCUUGAUUCUCCGGAGAAGGAUAUCCAUAGAGGUAGCUCGGCUUCGGAAGAAGGAGACGCGGAGGUAGAGUCAGAGACGGUGGUGGAUACGAAUCUAAGCCACCACGAGUAAUGGUUGAUGUUUCCUUUUUUGGAAAGGACUAUGUUGUAAAUCUUAUGGCUACUUUUAAAUUUUGUAGUACGGUCCUUUGUAUU